AUGGCUCGCUCAUUAGAAAGAGAAGAUCCAUACUAUUUCGGUGCUGGCCCGGCGUUAUUGCCUACUUCAGUACUUCAAGAAGCGGCGUUGGACUUGAUUACCUAUGGUGGUGAAAAUUUGGGAAUUGGCGAGAUUUCCCACAGAUCCAAGCCAGCCAUUAAAGUAAUUGACGAUACAAAGGCAAACUUGACGAAGCUUCUCGAUAUUCCUGAUACCCAUGAGGUCUUCUUCAUGCAAGGUGGAGGUACUACCGGUUUUUCUUCCAUUGCCUACAACAUGUUUGCUAACUACGCCAAAAAGACAGGCACCAAAGGUAAAGCUGCCUACGCCAUUACUGGCUCAUGGUCUCAGAAAUCCGCUGAGGAAGCCAAGAGACUUGGGUUUGACGUGGAUGUGGUCGUGAAUACAAAGUCGUCCAAGUACACAGAGAUCCCUCCAUACUCUUCAUGGGCACCAAUUGAUGCCAACAAGACUGCCUACUUGUACAUUUGCGACAAUGAAACGGUCAAUGGUAACGAAUUCAGAGACGUUCCCGACACUUCUUACCUUCCUGAAGGCGUCGAAUUGGUUGCCGAUAUGUCGUCCAACAUUUUAUCCAAAAAGAUCGAUGUGAGCAAGUAUGGAUUGAUUAUGGCUGGUGCCCAAAAAAAUAUUGGUUUGGCCGGACUCACCAUCUACAUUAUCAAGAAGAGCUUAUUGGAGCAUGCUAGCGACGAGGAAUUGAAAAAACUCAAUAUUCCAUUGUCACCUAUAGCGUUCGAUUACCCAAUUGUGGUGAAAAAUAAUUCAGCUUAUAAUACUAUCCCCAUCUUUGCUUGUCAAGUGAUCAAGCUUGUCACUGACAAACUCAUCAAGGAAGGAGGUGUCGAACCAAUUGAGAAAACCCAAUGA